GUGCGCGCCGCCGCCGCCGCCGUGUCCCCGCGCCUCCAAGAUGCCCGGGCAGCGGCGGGGAGGCUCCCGCGGGCCGCCGGUUCCUGACCGCCUUCCCUGGUUUUUGAUGCUGAAUCAGGAUUGUGUUAACUAAAGAUGGAAACACUGGAGUCAGAAUUGACCUGCCCAAUCUGUCUGGAGUUAUUUGAGGACCCCCUUCUGCUACCCUGUGCCCACAGCCUCUGCUUCAGCUGUGCCCACCGCAUUCUGGUGUCCAGCUGCUCCUCCAGUGAGUCCAUCGAGCCCAUCACCGCCUUCCAGUGCCCCACCUGCCGCUAUGUCAUCUCCCUCAAUCACCGGGGCCUGGAGGGCCUCAAGAGGAAUGUGACUCUGCAGAACAUCAUCGACCGCUUCCAGAAGGCGUCCCUGAGUGGCUCCAACUCCCCCAGCGAGAGCCGCCGCGAGAGGACCUAUCGCAACAGCCCUACCAUGUCUGUGGCCGGCGAGAGGAUCGCCUGCCAGUUCUGCGAGCAGGAUCCGCCCCGCGAUGCCGUCAAGACCUGCAUCACCUGCGAGGUGUCCUACUGCGACCGCUGCCUGCGGGCCACGCACCCCAACAAGAAACCCUUCACCAGCCACCGGCUGGUGGAGCCGGUGCCCGACGCGCACUUCCGUGGGCUCACGUGCCUGGAGCACGAGAACGAGAAGGUGAACAUGUAUUGUGUUGCUGAUGACCAGCUCAUCUGUGCCUUAUGUAAACUGGUGGGUCGCCACCGAGACCACCAAGUGGCAUCGCUCAGUGAUCGCUUUGAGAAGCUAAAGCAAACCCUGGAGACAAAUCUCACCAACCUGGUUAAACGCAACAGUGAACUGGAAAACCAGAUGGCCAAGCUGAUACAGAUCUGCCAACAAGUGGAGGUGAACACAGCCAUGCAUGAGGCCAAGCUGAUGGAGGARUGUGAUGAGCUGAUGGAGAUCAUCCGCCAGCGCAAGCAGGUCAUCGCUGUCAAGAUCAAGGAGACAAAGGUGAUGAAGCUGCGGAAGCUGGCCCAGCAGGUUGCCAACUGCCGGCAGUGCCUGGAGCGCUCCACRGUCCUCAUCAACCAGGCUGAGCACAUCCUCAAGGAGAACGAUCACGCGCGGUUCCUGCAGACCGCCAGGAACGUGGCUGAGAGGGUCGCCAUGGCAACUGCAUCCUCGCAAGUCCUCAUACCAGACAUCAAUUUUAAUGAUGCCUUUGAAAACUUUGCUUUAGAUUUUUCCAGAGAGAAGAAGCUUCUGGAGGGGCUGGAUUAUCUAACAGCACCAAACCCACCGUCGGUCCGUGAGGAGCUCUGCACGGCCUCCCAUGACACCAUCACUGUGCACUGGAUCUCCGAGGACGAGUUCAGCGUCAGCUCCUAUGAGCUCCAGUACACCAUCUUCACUGGCCAGGCCAACUUCAUCAGUCUCUACAACUCCAUGGACAGCUGGAUGAUCGUCCCCAACAUCAAGCAGAACCACUACACAGUACACGGGCUGCAGAGUGGCACCCGCUACAUCUUCCUGGUGAAGGCCAUCAACCAGGCGGGCAGCCGCAACAGUGAGCCCGCCCGCCUCAAGACCAACAGUCAGCCAUUCAAGCUGGAUCCCAAGAUGGCUCACAAGAAGCUGAAGAUCUCCAAUGACGGGCUGCAGAUGGAGAAGGACGAGAGCUCCUUGAAGAAGAGCCACACGCCGGAGAGGUUCAGCGGGACAGGCUGCUACGGCGCGGCUGGCAAUGUCUUCAUCGACAGYGGCUGCCACUACUGGGAGGUGGUUGUGGGAUCCUCCACCUGGUAUGCCAUCGGCGUGGCUUACAAGUCAGCCCCCAAAAAUGAGUGGAUCGGGAAGAACUCCUCUUCUUGGGUCUUCUCCCGCUGCAACAACAACUUUGUGGUGCGGCACAACAACAAGGAGAUGCUGGUGGAAGUGCACCCACAGAUGAAGCGCCUCGGCAUCCUCUUGGACUACGACAACAAUGCACUCUCCUUCUAUGAUCCAGCCAACUCCCUCCACCUCCACACCUUCGAAGUCUCCUUCAUUCUGCCAGUGUGUCCCACUUUCACCAUCUGGAACAAAUCCCUGAUGAUCCUCUCGGGGCUGCCUGCCCCAGACUUCAUCGAUUACCCUGAGCAGCAGGAGUGUAACUGCCGGCCCCAGGAGUCCCCAUAUGUGUCAGGAAUGAAAGCCUGUCACUAGGCUGCCGAGGCCUGCCCGUGCCCCGUGGCAGCACUGGCCAUGCCAGUGGGUGCUGGUGGUCAGAGCUGCCCUCUGGGAGCCCCCUGGCAGCCAUGCCAGAGAGCCACUGUGACGCCCAAGCAAUGGGGCACCGUUCACACCCAGCUCCAUUUUAUUUUAAUGGAAAAGUGGAAGAACCUGGAGCCAUGGCUGGAAAUAAACUGCUUUUGGUGAGCUCCAGAGCACGCAAGAGCAGCUGGAGCAGCUCCCUGGCGGUGGUUCCCAUCCCACCCCUACGAGAUUGUCACCUGGAUGGUUCUGUCUUCCCUUGGGGGCUGAAAAGGCCAGGGCAAGUUUCAGGGUGACCUGAGAUGCCAUGGUGGUCAGGGAAUGGCUUGUGCAUCCCAGGAGGCRCAGGUUGGGACAGGAGGGAUGGGCUCUGGAGCCUGCUGUCAGCUGGUGUGGGGAACCAGAGCACUGAGCAGCACUUUCCGGGGAGGACAUUCCACGUGGCUGAGGCUUGGUGGYUUCUCUGGUGGGGUGGGUGAGGUAUGGAGCCAUCGGGCUCAGUGAGCACUGGCAGUGGUUGUGUGAUGGAUGGGGGUCCUGUGGAGGGCAGGUGGUGGUCUGUGGGAGAACACCUGAGGGUGUUCUCACUGGCUGCCAUGUUGCAGCUGGCAUGGUCCUGAUGCAUUUUCAGGGUCCUACAGUGAAGAGCCAUGGACCCCCACCCCACCAUGGCUCUCCUUUGAGAGCUUCCCAGUAACCAGGGGGGCCUGCAUCCUUGAGGAGCUGUGGCCCCUGGCACAGAGGUUUGGCAGCUGCUCCCUCCCAGUAUGGGGUCUGGCCAGCAGUGCCCUGUCCACACAGGCUUCCAUUAGCGCCCUGUCUGGUGUCCCAGCCGCAAAACCUCAUCUUCCUGCCCUGAGUCCACACCAUAGAGUCCUGCCCCAAGAUGACCACUAUGCUCUAGGGCCCAAAAUCUCAAUUUAYGACCCAAAAUAUUGACUCCUGGUUCAUUCUCCACCAUGCCAGRGGGUUGGACUGGGUGAAUUUUAAAGAUCCCUUCCAGUCCAAUCUCUUCCAUGAUUCUGUGGCAGUGUGAGUGCAGAGCCAAUCUGUGGCAAAGGACUGAGUCCAUCCCAGGGGCUGGAGAUCUUGGUUACUGGGAGCUCUUUGAYUGUCACCAAUAUUCCCACCACCCACGAGCAUCAAGUCUCCUGACCAAGCUCUACUUCCCGGGUUUUUUUAAGAGGCCAGAAGGAGAUGGGCUGGCACACAGUCCCUGUAUCACAGUGGGGGUCCAUGGCACAGUUUGGGGCCAGUGGGCAURUGAGUGGCUGGGACAUUGUGGGGACAAGGUGUUCAGGCAUUGUGGUGGCCCAAGGCAGCUAGUGCUUGAGGUUUGCUCUGACAUUUGAAACCCCUUUUCCUCCUCUGGAUGUGGUGCCUCAGUGGGAUUGGGAACCACAGAGCCGGGACCACCCAGCUCUGCCAACCUGUCCCUUCUUUUGGAGCUUGCUGAUAGGGAACUGCCCCUGCUCAUCAAACCUGAUUUCCUUCUAUGGCAGGGGAACCCACCUGUUUGAUCUAGGAAAGCCUGUAGAUGGGAUCUUUUUGGGCUUCAGCAAGAUUUGGAUACUGUCUCUUCCAGGAUCCUUCUGGACCAACUGUCCAGCCCACAGCUGGAUAAAYACAUCRUGGGGCAGGUGAGCAACUGGCUCACAGGUCAGGCACAAAGAGUGACAUCAGGCUGGCAUUGGCCACUAAUGAGGUUCUGCAGGGUUCCGUCCUUGGCCUGUGCUCUUCAGUAUCUUCAUUAACAACCUGGACCUAGGAUUGGAAGGAAUACAAGUCAGUUUGCUGACAACACUAAACUGGAAGGAGUUGUUAACUCCCUCAGGGGYAGAGAGGCCCUGCAGAGAGACCCAGAUAACUUACAGAAUCACCAUCCGUGUGAAGUUUAACAAGGGAAGGUGCUGGUUUCUUCACCUGGGAUGGGGCAACCCUGAUUGUCUGAUCUGUCUGGAGUGGGGAACGAGAGGCUGAAGAGCAACUGCAGGAAGGGACAUGGUGGUCCUGGUCAGUGGCCAGUUGGAUCUCAGUCAGCAGUGCCCUGGAGCCAGGAGACAAAUCCCUGUUCUGGGGGGCAUCAGGCCCAGAAUAUGCCAGGAAUGGGAUUGUCCCGCUCUGCUCUGGUCUGGGGGGGCCUCACCUCAGGUGCUCGGGGCAGUUUUGGACACCACAAUAUAAAAAAAGGCAUGGUGCUAUUAAGAGAGUGAACAGAGGAGGCCACAAGGAUGAGGAAGGGUCUGGAGAGGUCUUCUGAGGAGUGGCUGAGGUCACUUGGUUAGUUCAGCUGGAGGAGAGACAGGAGACCUCUGUCUUCAGCUYCUCCCAAGGGGRAGUGGAGGGGCAGGUACCCAUCUCUUCACUCCUGUGRCCAGUGACAGGACUGAAGGAAAUGGCUGGAGCUGAAUCAGGGGAGGUUUUGUUUGGAUAUCAAGAAGUUUUUCUCUCAGAGGGUAGUCAGGCACUGAACAGGCUCCUCAGGGAAUAGUCAUGGCCCCAAAGCUGCCAGAGCUCAAGCGGCAUUUGGACAACACUCUCAGGGAUGCACAGGGCAGGACUGUUGGGGUAUCCUGUGCAGGGCCAGGAGCUGAACUCGAUCCCAAUGGGUCACUUCCAACUCAGCCUAUUCCGUGAUUCUAAAGUCCAGGCUCUGGGAGCAAGUGGCUGACUUGGACAGGGAAAGAGCACCUUGGGGCUCGUCCCAUGAGUGCUGUGGAAGAGACUGGUUGAAUUCAUCUGGAGCCAGUUCAGAAUUCAYGUGAUGACUCCCAGUAGUGACCUGGCCAAGGGGAUGUAUGUCACUGAGUGUGGUUGUGGUGGUGACAGCUUUGCUCGGGACAGUGCACRGAAGAGCCUGUUCCCAACAUGCCAUCCCUCCAUGUGUUCGGGCUGUGGUUUUUGGGACAGGGAGGUGGCCAUCAUCUCGRGAAAAGGUCUGCUGCCUGCCCUACUGAGCUGACAGGGGUUUCUCUCUGAUCCAGGCUGCUUUCCCAUGAUGCCUGGCAGGGACAGCACAGGGGAUUCAUCCCUCCCCCUGAGCAGAUGGGGCCGCUUCAUUUGCUACUUCCAGCGCCGGGGUGUAGGAGCACAGGUCAGAGUGCAGCAGGGACUCAUCUGCUAUCUCCACAGCCUGCCCCAUGGCCCCGGUUUACUUUGGGAGGCUGUCAGCCUUGUAAGUUGGAUGUUUUUCAUGGGAAAGUCUCAUGGAAGUCCUUUCCCCUUGUGCUGGUUCCAUCUGGGGUGGCUCACCCUGUGUCACCCUCAGAGGGAUGCUGAGCGCAGGAGGUGGGUGCUGGCACUGCUGGGAUGGGCUCGGGUGGUCUCAGCUUCCUCAGCUCAAGGACCACGAGCCCCUAACAUGAUGUUUGCACCUGAUGAAAUUGCACUAAUUAUGGGACACCCUGCCCCCCACCCCCACCCCACCCCACCCCCUUCUUGUACCUGGGCAGGCUGGGGGAGCUCCACACCCCAAGCAGGGGCCUUUCCCAGUCACCCACAUUGUCCUUUUGUGGUACUGAGAGCAGAGCSCACCCAAGUGUCACCAUAAUUUGGGGAGCAGCAGCCCCAUCCCUGGGCCCUGCUCAGGACAUGAUGCAGGGGCAGGACAUGGAGGGAGGCCAUGGUUCAUCUGCUCCUGGUGACACCAGUGUACAGGUUCAGGAUGUGUGAACUGCUGGCUCUCCUCGGCCUCCCCUUCCACAUGUAACAUUCCCGCUUCAGUUUUGUUUGGGGGAAGGGUUGUUCUUCCUGUUGUUUUUUUUCCCUUUUAGUUGGAUUUUUUGCAACUUCUUUGUUAAUGUGUGUGUAUAUAUAUAUAUAUAUAUAUAUAUAUAAAAUAUAAUAUAUAUACGUUACUGGGUAUGUCUGUGUAUGGGGAGGCCAGGAGGUGAAGACAGCCCUGGGAUCUUCUUGUUGGCCAUUACAAUGUUCCCCAAACCUGGCAAAACAUGGCUGUGAAUCCACAGGAGCAGAGGGGAUAUGUGGUAGCAUCCCAGCAACAGCUUUCCUUGCRCUGGGCUCAGCCCAGCCUGGAGAGCCCGUAAGGUGGCCAGGCACAUGGGAUGCUAAAGCUCUGUCCACAAACAUCUGUACACAUAAAUAUGAGGCACCCCACUGUCGUGAAUGAAGACUCGGUGUUCUCAUUAUCCAGGACACUGAGUGUGCCAGCCUGCCCUUUCCCCAGUCUUGGAUGGCCACAGGUAUUCUGGACAUCUCUGAGUGCCAGCCAGGUCCUGGUGGAGCCCAGGGCACUCUGCCCUCCCCAGUGCCUUGGAGAGGGCAGGGAUUAAGCUGGUGGUGGRGCCAAGCUGGUGAUGGUGCUGAGCACCGGCCAUGACAUCCCUGCUCGGCAGAGCCCCUGCCAUGCACAGGAGCUGGCAGCCAGCAAGGAGGAACUCAGUAAUUCCCCUCUCGGCCACAGCCCCGAGCUCUGUAAUCCUCCAGCCCAAGCAGCACUGUGCCCCUUUGGCUUGGGACCUUGGGGUGGCCAACUGGGGUGUGCAUCCCUUGGGUUCUCCCAGGAGCCCCACCAAGCAGGACUGGUCCCAGGUGGGAUGGGACUCCCUCUCCUGGAAUUGGCCACUGGGCAGAAACUGCCCUGAUGCUGGAGAAGGGGCAUCGGGGCAGUCUCCUGAGGGGAGCACAGACACACAAACCUGCAGAAGAUAGAGCCCAUUUUUGGAACGUAAGUGCCUAAAAUAUUUAUGAAAAUGGAAAACUUACGGUGCAAAGUGACACUGUGGAAUUAAAUAUUUCUUAGUCUAUGCCUUUGCUCCAGGCUUUUUCCUGUUAAACAUUAACCACCAGCACAUGGAACCUGCCUGGAGAAUGAGUUGCUGCUUCCAUUACAGACAAACCUGUGGCGCUUGCAUUGCUCAGAGCUCUGCCCUUGCUGUGGGGUGUCGGUGACAGAUGGGCUGGAUGACAGCACUGAUGGGCCACAUGCCAACUCUGAUGUUGGUGCUCCUGCUUCUGCCACAAAGAUCCCACUGCUUAAAACCCCACACUGAGGAGUGGGAGGCUGCAGACCCCAGGGCUCACAGCCUCCCAUUUCCAGACCCAGUAUUCCCUGGUUUAGAGCCUGGCAGGGUAGCCCCAGACCACUGCAGCUUUCCAGGUGAUUGCCCCACACCAUCCUAUUCAUCCUACCCCAUCACUCUGCUCCAGCCUGGUGUGCUGCAUGUCCUGGGACAAGUGGGUUCUGGCAGGUGCUCCUGAGCCCUGACCACUUGUCAAACAAAUCAUGACACAGGUCCCAAAAGCCAGCGGUACCCUAACCCUGAUGAGCAGCCCCCAUGGUGGGAGAGACCCUGACCCCUGGCACCCAGCCUGUCCUGAGCCCUGUGACCACCCAGUGAGCAGCAAGGAUGCAGUAAGACCAAAAAUCUCACUAUUCYCAGAGUCUGUACAAGGGCACACAGAUCCUCUCCACAAAUCCAGGACAAUCACACACAUAAGUGUGUACAAAUCCCAUCCUACCUCAGCUGACUCCUAAAUCAGUCCCUCUCAUUUACACCUUCCAGUUUUCCAGUGCUUUGUCUCUACCGACUGGUACAGAGAGGGGAGGGAGAGAAGGAAGGAAAAGACAGGAGCAUUGCAAAGUCGGAGCUAAGGACAUUCCAGAGGUUUGGGUGCCCGUCUGUGCAGAAGCUGGGGGUACCCAGCCACACCGGCUCCUUUCRCCAUGGGAUGGUCCUCCCUGGGAGAGGACCUGCUUCCCCACUCCAUAGGAUUGACACAGCAUGGGGAUCUUCUUUUCUUUUAAACUGAAAAAAUAAAACCUUCCAAAGCAGAAACAUUCCCCGAAUUGCCAUAAAUGGGCACUUGAACAGCAGAGCCUCGGYGUGGAGAGGUGAGGCACUGCUCGGCUCUGCCAUCAGCCCACUCCCAAACUUWGUGAAAAAUCUCCCUGUGCACCCAUCAGAGUCUCGGAUGAGCCUCUGGACCCUUCGGGGGUUCAUCUGCGGGGGCUCAGACUGGCUGUCACAACAGCUCAACAGUGUGGACCGUCUGCUCCGUGCAACCAGAGCUUCCAGACGGACCCUGCGGUGGCGGAAAGGCAAGAAUUCUCUGCAUGGAUGUGUCUGACACACUGCUUCCCCCAUACUGCUGGCAGGAUUCCUGCCUCGGUGGCUCAGGCUAGGAGUGGGUGUUGCUGUGAAUCAUCAGGAUGGAUGUUUGCCCAGUGCGUGGAGAGCUGGCGGGGCUGGGAGUUGGGAAGGGCACACGUUGGCUAAGCAGGACCCGAGGGGUACCGGGAAUCACAUCCUCCCUCCUCCCUAUCCCUCCUCCUCCCCUAUCCUUCCUCCCUCCACCUUGAUGGAAUGAGAGGAAGCUCCACAUGGUAGCUCUGGAGGUUGCUUCAUUCUCUGCAGAACGAUGUUAARUGGGGAAAUGAGUCCUCGAAGGUGAGGAUAUGUUUUCCUUUGAGGUUUUCCAUGGCUGUGCUUCAUUGUCAAAAGCCUGAAGCCCAUCUCCAGGGCAAACCACAGCACAAGGCAAGGCCCAAGGGGAUAAGGAGCACUGAGCCCUGGGACARCAGAGCCAGGAACUCAUCACUGCUGAGGCUGCUCAGGCUGGCUUGGCUCAGAGCCCACUCAGUGCCAGCCAGGGGGGAUGGGCUUAACAGGGGGUGCUGGGCAAGGGGAGAGCAGAAUGCAAAGGAUCAGCCUGUACUGAGAUGGUGCCAGGGAAGAAACAUGGCAGUGCCACCUUUGUGUCCUCUGGCUGUGGCCAAAACCCCCUGAGAGCCAUCACCACCAUGGGAUUCCUCCCGCUUUCCCCUCCAGCCAAUGCUGGGCACAGCCAGCUUCUCCAGUCCUUGCAAAUGCUGAGGAUGGUCCAGGGCUCUCUGUCAUAACUCCUGGAAACCAGGGGAAACUGUUUAAAGGAUGUAAUCCCUGGCCACCUAUUUCUCAGAAACAGCCAGUGCCAGCACAAGCCCAAGCAGGAGCUUUUCCCUUUCUCUUCCUGCUUUAUCUGGUGCCUUUCCCUGUCAGCCUCAGGUUUCUAGGAAACAGCAUCCCUUGUUGUGAAAGCCAAUUUAAAACCAUCACUCACAUGGCAGAUUGUUUCAUGGAAAGGGAAAGGCUGCACUGAAAUGAUGGAAUGAGCUUUGCUGCUGCUUUCCAGGAAUGUGCUUUAAACACAAGAGGCUUCAGCGUCACAAAUACUGAAAAGCAAACCAUAAAUGGAUUCCCCAAGUCAACCAGGAGGGGGGAAAACAGCGUGUGGCACAGGCUUGGGAAGGCUAAUGGCAGGUUUUGGGGGGAUGACAGGAAGAUUGAUGUUGGCUUUUUGCUUUCCAUUUCCUCUGUAGUUCAUGAAAUAUGAAAUAUUAAAAAUCCCUCCCUUGACAAAGCUAAAAAAACUCACUGCCUGGGAACCCUGGGGACCUCCCUGCUCUGGGGAGCUGCAAAAUUAAGAGAUAAGAGAACUCACUGGGCUUAUAUAGCAAGUGGCAUCAAGAUGUCUCAUCCUAUCCCUAUCUGCCGCAGCAAUGGGAUGGGAUGGGGUGGGAUAAUCCUCAUUGGAAAUAAACACUACAGCCCUCCCAUCCAGAAAUGAAAAUCACUUUCACUGAUUAUUUCACGCCAGGUUGGAAAAAAACCCCGAAAUAAUAGUUAAAUAAAUGGACAGAGAAGGACAUCUUGAGCUGCUCAUAGACUGCACAGGGCAAACUAGUUAAGAGUCUGAGCUGGCCUGAAUUAAUCCUUAAUAAAAYUUGAGAUUUUAAAUACUCAUCUGAAUAACCAGCCCCUAAAACUAAGCAUUCCUGAUCAUUAGACAAAUCUGAGCAUUGCUUAAUAUCUUGCAGGAAUAUUCCUGGUCUGGCAAGGGAGUCAUGGACAACACCUGGAACAAGACCAAAAGCCUUUAUUGAAGAAUUUCUGGAUUUUAAGACAUGUGAAGGGGAGGGAAGGAGGAAGGAGGGAGGUGGUGAGGACAUCAGUGCUCGUGUCUCAGAUGAAAAACAUAUGCAGGGGGAACCUUGGGAAUUCUCCUGAGCUGCAGAAACUCAUCCUGAGCUGCAGAAGCCCAUCCUGAGCUCCAGGAGCCUGUCCUGAGCUGCAGGAACUAUCCUGACCCACCUGGAGCAGGUGGCCAUAAAUUCCAGCCCUUCACUGGCGCUUGCAAAUCCCAGCUGGCCUCUCUCCUGAGAACAUCCCAUCCAGGCUAACCACUGCAUCUUCCGAGCUUUGGAGCUGGGCAGGAGCAGCACAGGGACUGAUAAUGGAAUUGGGUCCAGUUCUCCAUGGCAACAAGCAAAAACUGGGUCAGUGCAGGAUACGAGGAGCCAAGCACUCCCAGGAGUUUUAAAAGUAAACACCAGACAGAAAAUAAGACACAGGGAGCCAGUGGGGAGAAAGGGACCCUGGGACCCCUGAGCAGAAUCAGUGCCCCCAUCACCACAUGUCACAGGGAGCAGUGGGUUCCCAGUCCUACCCUGGGAGCAGGGGCACUGGGAGCUCCUGUGGGUCCUUGUGCACAAGACAGUGGAUCCAGGGCUGCACAGAGUGGGGGCUGCUCAGUCCCCAAGGCACACACAGCCCCCUACAGCUACAGUCAGCAACUGAGCCUCAGAAAUGUGUCCUGCCCCCUAKUUCCUAUUGCUUUGAACCCAGUGCCUUCUCUCCACAUGGCCCCUGCUCUCCUGCCCCCUGGCUCUGAUUUGUCCCUGUUUAUUUAUUUACACAGGUGAGCAGGCUGACAUCCAAGAUCGGCAUUCUCUGUGCAGAGGCCAUUGGUGUGAAAAUCCUCAUUACAGCUCCUCCCUGACAGGAGCUCUGCUGGGCUCUGCCUUUGAUCAGCCAGAUUCCUGGAUGGAGGCCAGAUCUGUGUGAUGCAGCCGCUGCCUUUGCUCUGUUCAGAAGCCUUGUGGCAGAGACUCCAUCAUUAUCCCACUGCUAACACUCAGGUGCUACUGCCRUGACAGCCAGUCAGUAAUUACCUGWGUGAUGGGGUCAGUGCUGAGCUGUCAGGGCAGCAGCGAUGGGUGAGGUGAUUUGAGGGGGCUGCAGGGCAGAGUGGGAACAACUGGGUGGAACUGGGUAAUUUUUAAGGGUCCUUCCAACACAAACCAUUCAAUGAUUCGAGRAAGCUAAACACCAGAACAAUGAGAAAAUGACCUGCACAGUUUCCUCAACGCCCAUCAGAGCCACGAAUUUGUCUGCUGUGGUUACUGAUGGUCAUGAGGAACCAUCACCACCUUCAGCCACUUUGAUGAUUUAAUUGAUACCUGGGCUCUGAGCUUUCAUGUACUGAAAUAUAUGUCCAUCAUUUGACAGACCUUUGCCCUUCAUUUGUCAUUAAAAUCCCUCUGUUCUGUUCCCAGGGUGUCACCCUGAUGUGAAUAACUUCUCUCAAGUGGUGUCUUCAUUUGUAAAAUGGGCUUUUUAAUCCUGCUCCACCUGAUAAUGAAUUAAACACGCUCUUAACAUUCAYAAUGAAUUAAACACGCUCUUAACACAGCACCUGGAGGAC